CCCGGGCCGGCGGGGCUGGGGCCGCGGCGGGAGGUUACCGUAUUUAUCUAGGCCAGUGCCGGACCCUUGGGGGCGGGUCACUGCGGGCGCGCUACCGUAUUUGCUGCGAGCUGCGCAGGCCCUUUCCGGGAGUGGGGAGCGCUGCGACUUUAUUACGUAUUUUUCCAGGGUUGCGUGAUUCCCCCGGAGCGCUGCGGGAGUGGGAGGUGCGGGGGGUGGGGGCGGGUUGCAUUCAUUCCCUAAGGGAGCCGGGGCUUGCAGCGGGGUGGGAUGGGUUGCGGCAGCAGGGUGGGAGGCCUACGUAUUUUCAGAGGGGUGGGGUUGCGACGCAGAGUUUACCAUAUUCCUCCGGGGUCACUCUGGCCCCAGGAGUUGGCAAGGUUGUGCGCGGGGAAAGCGGGGUCGGGUGGGUGGGGUCAGCCCUUCUGAUUAAUGCAGCUGUUUGAUAAGAACAGCGGUGUGGGAGGCUGGCCGUCUUUAUGGGGGCGAGGGAGAAGGGGCGCGGAGGCGCUGCGGGCGAGUUACCGUAUUUGCGUUGGGCAGCGCAGACUCUAGAGGAAGGAGUCACUGCUGGAGACCGGAGGAACAGGGGCGCAGUCUGGGCUGGGCUGGUGAUUGCAGCUGGGAGUGCCCAUGACCGAGCUGGCGUCCUCCGGGGGCGGGUCCCCUACGGGGGACGGGGAAGAAGGUCUGGGGGACGAGCGAGGCCUGGUCAUCCACCACCCCGCGGAGGAGCAGUCCCACCGCUGCCCGCUGUGUGGCCAGACCUUCUCGCAGCAGCCCAGCCUGGUGCGGCACCAGAAGGCGCACGCAGGGGCGGGCCGCGCGGCCUCCUUCGUGUGCCCCGAGUGCGGCAAGGCCUUCAGCGUCAAGCACAACCUCGAGGUGCAUCAGCGCACCCACACGGGCGAGCGCCCCUUCCCCUGCCCCGAGUGCGGGCGCUGCUUCAGCCUCAAGCAGAACCUGCUCACGCACCAGCGCAUCCACAGCGGCGAGAAGCCGCACCAGUGCGCGCAGUGUGGCCGCUGCUUCCGCGAGCCGCGCUUCCUGCUCAACCACCAGCGCACCCACGCGCGUAUGCCGGCCCCGCACCCGCGCCGCCCCGGCGUCUUCGGGGAGCGGCGGCCCUACUUCUGCGCCCGCUGCGGCAAGAGCUUCGCGCGCGAGGGCUCCCUCAAGACCCACCAGCGAAGCCACGGCCACGGGCCCGAGGGCCCGGCGGCAGCGGCGGCGGCGGCCCAUUUAGGCCGCGUGCUAUGAUGCGCGCCUGGCCUGGGGUCGGCUGUUUCCCGCCCCAGAGCCGCAUCCGUGAGCCCUGGAGGUGGCGCUGGGCUGCGGUCCCCCCUCUGGAUGGGAUCCCGGAAGAUGGGGAGGGCUGGCUGGGGGUCUUGGAGGAGUGGGCCGCCCUGCUCCGUGGCCUUCUUUUGCCCCUCCCUGCGGACGCUGGGGCUGGCUGCACAGGGCUGCUCCGGGCCCCUGUGCUGGCUUUCCUCCUCAGGACACCCCAGCCUGGGAAGAGCAGAGCUGUCGGGGCAGAAAGCGGCAUGGAGAUGGCCACUCUCCACAGCGCCCGGGCCCAGGUCUCCCAGCCCCAGCACUUACCAUCUGGCGCCGGCGGGAUGUCAUUUCACGCCCUGUCUCAGUGUGCUCAUCUAUGCGGAGCGGGCAGGACCUCCGGGCAGUGUGCAAGGCACAUCUGGGCACAGACACCAGGAGUGGGGACCCCGGGGGCCUGCACCCCGGCGUGAGGACACACACCCUAAGAAGACCUACCUCGGGAGGUGCCCCGCGGUGACAGCAAGGGGACUGGUGGAGCCCAGCACUGGGGACAGGUUCUGUUCCCCGGCGGGAAGACCCCCUGAGCCUGCCCGGAGUCGCGUCCAGGGACGAGCUUGUCCCGGCUGCCUGGCUGUCUGGCCACGGACCUCGACUCUCGUGUGGCGGCAGUUACCACGCCUGUGUGGAGAGCUGGCUUCUCCAAUCCCGCCUGGCCUCCAGAGCUGGGAGGUGGCCGGCCGGACAGCACGCGGCGCGCUGCUAGCAGACCUGGCUCUCGAGGCACAGCCUUCCCGGUGUGAACCCACGAGCAGGCUCCACUGGCCUUUCAGCAGAGGUUCCUCGCACCCCUGGGGGCGUGGAGCCCUUCGACGAGCUGACAGAGGCUGUGGACCUGCUCCCCUGGAAAACGCUCCUACUCACGGAGAUGGAAGAACCUACCAGCAGCACCAGGAGCACCCCCGCCCCGGGCCCCAACCCGCCACCCUGUCCGUACCUGACCCAGAGGGACCACCAUACAGCAGCAUUCCUCCCUCCCCCGCUGGUCCUCCUUCCCUUGUUUGGGAAUAAACAACUCUGAGGAGGGGACCCUC